GCGCGCAUGUGUGUAAGAGACACAUUGGGAGUCCAACACUUCUGAACUGUGGACUUUCUAUUUCUGGGGAAACAAAGACUACAGCUGCAACAAUUCUAUCUCCACUGCACUUGUGAAGAACAUCUCUGUGUUUUGCACUUGUUGUAUUGUCCUUCAGAGAGAUGUCGAGAGGACUUCUCUUCCUUGCCUGUGUCCUUCUCCUAGUCAACCUGUCUCAUUGUGCAGGGUUACAAACCGGUGACAUGAGGCUGGCUGGAGGCAAGCGCUCUCACGAGGGCCGGGUGGAGGUCUAUAUCGCAGGAGUGUGGGGUACCGUGUGUGACGACGGCUGGGACAUAAAGGAAGCCAUAGUGGUGUGUCGCCACCUGAACUUCCCCAGUGCCAGAGAAGCUGUUGACGGAGGACGGUAUGGGCCAGGGCAAGGUCCGAUCUAUUUGGAUGAAUUGAAUUGUUUGGGGACGGAGACAGACCUCACCAAGUGUGAAUCCUCCGGUUUAGGAAUAUCAGACUGCAAACACGCGGAAGACGCAGGGGUUGUCUGUGCCAGUGACUCUACAAAGAAACCUGUGGAAUUAUUCGUGGAGCACAGCACGACGAUUUCUGGAUUCCUGGGAGAGCUGUUUGAAAGUGGCCGUGACUGUGAUCUGAUCUUGUCUGUGGUGGUUGAAAACAGCACUGUGGAGACCAUCUGUGCACACAAACUCAUUCUCUCUCUAGUGCCCAGCUGGUCCUCCGAGGCCAACCUCAGCAUUGAGGUCAGCUCCAAGUGCCAACCACAUGUCGCGUACUUUGUCAGGUAUCUGUACACCGGACGGAUGAACAUCACCAUGACCUCUUCCCACUGCCUUCACAAGCUGGCUUCUGAGUGGGGCUUAAAGGCGCUUCAGGAAGAGGUGGGAAAACUGUUGAUCCUGCUGCUCCCAGAAGAUGCAACCUUCCAAGCUCAGUCAUCAUUGUUUGAUUACGCAGUCAGCAUGGACGAUGGAGCUCUGCAACAGUCCUGCCUUCGCUACAUGGCCUGGAACUGUGAGGCGCUGGUCGCGUCCCCGGCGUGGACCGGUCUGUCUGUCCACGCUAUCAAGGGUCUCCUUUCUCGCACAGACCUCACGGUGCCCAGUGAGUACUUUGUCAUCCAGGCUUUGGAGAAGUGGGAGGAUGCCCAAGGCAAAGCAUUGGGGUCGGGGGAUCAGUUUGACCUGUUGAAGCUCAUACGGUUCCCCAUGGUCUCUGCUGAGGAUUUGAACCGGCUCAAAGAUUCACGUUAUCAGGCAGGGAAGUUAGAGGGUUUUCAGUUCAACGCCUUGACCAUUGGUAAUCUGUUUGGCGAGCUCAUGAGCAAUUGGAAGUCCUACACUCCUAGGAUCUACACCGGCAAACCGUGGAGUUACACCUUCACAUCGGAAGAGGUGUCAGUUUUCAAAAAAACGUCACUAUAUCCCAAGGGGUUAAACCAUGGCGAACUUGCCUUCACAUUCCGCACACCGGUACACAACAGUGCCUACUUUGCGCUCUUCGGGGAUAUUGGAUGGUACACAAGGUUGUUUGUUAAAAGUGACGAAUGUUCCUACAGCAGCACUAGGGUCUGCCCUUCCGCAAAGCUGUCAUUGGAGAACGGAAACAGCGCUCUGCCUGAGUUGUAUAAAAACGCGAUUGUUUACAAGAACAAAAUAGUUAUCCGCUGCGAUGGCCGUUAUGUCUCCCACAUUCAGGACUUCAAACAUCCUCAGGAGGACACCACGAUCCAACCAAACCACGGUUCAGGCCAGGUCUACCCAUGCCGCUCGGAUGAAUACUCCUACACUAUGGUGAUCCGUCCUAAGUACCGCACAGGGUUGAACUACACUGAGGUUGAAGAGGAAUGAGGAAUUUAACGCGGUAAACAUUCAAUUUGAAUAAGGAGUAAAAAUUACUCAACUGAUUUUCUUUUGCCCUUUAUUCUGUUUUGGGCAUUUCCUCCCAGUGUUCUGAAAUGGGAUCAAUUAAUAGUUUUUAAACCUAUGUUGUGAGUAAAAGAGAAGACAAUAUUUAAAAUAUUGUUGCAAGUGGCCUGUAUGCAUCGCCUUCACAUGGUUUUGCAAAG